AUGUCGACACGCGGUAAUUACGCCUUGUCCGACUUUAUAAGACUGGAGAAAAUCGGCGAAGGCACAUACGGAGUGGUGUAUAAAUGUAAAAACAAAGUCAACGGUAAAUUUGCUGCACUUAAAAAGAUACGUCUCGAAAAUGACGAAGAGGGUGUUCCUUCGACGGCUAUUCGGGAAAUAUCACUCCUAAAAGAAUUACAACAUCCAAACAUCGUGAAUCUCGAGCAGGUAAUCAUGGAGAAUGGAAGACUAUACUUAGUUUUUGAGUACCUAAAUUUGGAUUUAAAACGCUACUUGGAUGACAGUGGAAGAAAAAACUUGCUCGAACCUGGUAUUGUUAAGAGCUUCAUGUAUCAAAUGCUGCAAGGUCUAUUGUUUUGUCACGGCAGGCGAGUUAUUCACAGGGAUCUAAAGCCCCAAAAUAUCCUGGUUGAUAUUGGAAGAAAAAUUGUCAAACUUGCAGAUUUCGGUUUGGCUCGUGCUUUUGGAAUUCCUGUUCGUGUACUAACUCAUGAGGUUGUUACUUUAUGGUAUCGAGCUCCAGAAAUCUUGCUUGGGGCUCAAAGGUAUUCUUGUGCCGUAGAUAUUUGGUCUAUGGGCUGUAUCUUUUCGGAGGUCUCAACAAAAGAAGCUUUAUUUCGAGGAGAUUCGGAAAUAGAUCAACUUUUUCGCAUUUUCCGGCUCCUUGGUACGCCAUCAGAAGAAGUUUGGCCAGGAGUUUCAAGUUUACCGGAAUAUCAAAAGAAAAGUUUUCCUAUUUGGCGUAAUUCAAAGUUGUCUAUUCAAGAUAAUAUAGCUAAAGCCUUCACCAGUCCUGGUCUUGAUUUGCUUCAGGCCAUGCUGAUCUAUGAACCUUCGCGACGUAUUACUGCAAGGGAUGCUCUUUUGCAUCCUUAUUUUUCUGACUUGGACAAAUCUCUUGUGCCAGCAACUGGUGAAGAGUACAUUGGUUUGCCAUUAGACCAGUUACCCCGUGAAGUUGCUGCUAUAUUUCUAGCAGAUGGCGGUGAAGUAUAUCAUAAUUCCAACGAUACAGAAAAUAAUACUAGCAAUUUAUGUAUUGCCGUCCAACCUGAUACCGUACAGUUGGGAAGUGCAGCAAUCCCUACAGCGAGAUAUUUGGCUGACUGCAAAAAGCAAGCGCAUCAAACAGUAGGUGCAGUAAAUUCCAAGUCCAGUCACCAUGUGGCACCGUUGGCAGAUAAUCACGAAACUAAUAUGUCAAUUAGCUAGUCAAUAAAACCAGUCAGAAUUUAGCUUUCUCAUUUGCCACAAACCACCAGUUAUUUUCUAAUUUUGUCAUUAUUAUUCCAUUUUCUAUUACUAUGUAAAUGUUAUCCCGAUUAUAUAGGUUGUUAGUGCGUUCUUGUGUUUGUUUCAUAAUUUUUUGUAAUAAAUAUUGCCUACUUCUAA